GACAAGGACAAGAUCUCCACCUUCCCUUCUGUCCAUCAAUGUAUCAAGUGCCUUGGUGCCAGCCACACUCAGGUCACCUCAAACACGAUGGGUGCCGGACAAUAAGACUCUCGACUUGGCGUCCCUCUGGCGGCCUGCACUAAGCAAAUAUUUGAGGCCAUUAUAUCUCAUUUCCCAAGGCAGACGUUGCUGAAAAAUCAACAGAAUAGGGUGGUGUUGGGGGAGAGAGAGAAAAGAAGAAAAGGGAGGGAGGAGGAAGAAGUAACCUUUUCAACGUGCAGCCUGCUAUUUUUGCUGCGCUGUGGGCAGGCAGCAUCUCAUUUUGGAGUGCUCUUGGCUGACGGAAAAAGGAUUUCCCUGUGCCCUGCCCCUCUGUCCAGAUGCCUAAGUAAACACUGGAUUGAGAUAGCAAUGUGUCUGGGCUCUGACACUGCCCAACAAAGAGAACAUAAGCUAUCUAUAGAAAACUUUACAGUAAAUUCUGCCCCUGUGGUCUUUGGAAUCUCUACCUACCUAUUACCUCUCCAGGGAGAAUCGAGAGCUGUGAGAAAAAAAUGGAAGCCACUCCAUUUUAUUUCUAGUUAAAAACUCACUCAAAAGCUGCCGCUUGUUUUGAGAAAACUUAAAGGACCAACACCAGACCCCAGGAGGGCGCCUUUCGUUGAAGGAGCUAGCUCAAAUUUGAAGGCUGCAGUUUUGAUGUCUUUGCCCAACCAGGUGAAGCAAUAUGAAGCCUCUGACACCCAUCGGAUCCCCCUCUCCUCUGAGGCUCCUCAACAAGGGUCCAGAUUACCUUCGCAGGCAGAUAGAUGGAGGUGGCCACGGUCGCGCAACAAGCGCGGUAGAGAGGCUGGAGGCAGACAAAGCCAAAUAUGUGAAGAGCCAACAGGUCAUUAAUAACAAACAGGAACCCGUACUGGUACCCUGUGCAACACCUCCACCACCACCCCGACGACCUCUUACCAUACCCAGCACAACAACCCCCCAGUUGCCCCCACGCCGGUCAUCCAACACUCCAGCCUCCAUACUCACCGGCGCACUUAAAUCACGAGAUGAGAACGAAAAUGACGACUCGAGAAAGGAGAACCUAGGCACCAACUUGGAUGUUGAGGCAAAUAACAGGAGUAAUUUUAACAACAUGACACCUGCAAGCCCCAAGACUCCUACUGUUGCCCCUCUGGUAGCACCGCACAGUGCCCCCAUACUGAGGAGGAGCACGGGCAAGCGCAUGCUGCGACCAGACUCCCUGGUCAUCUACCGGCAGAAAAAAGAGUGCAAAAGCCCAAAUGGAGCAACAGGCACAGAGAACAACAACAUGGAGGUGAAGGGUUAUAGUUUCGUCCGCCGUCUCUUCCAGUACUCCAUGAGGGAGAAAAGUGGUGGAGGUGAGGGAGGGACCCAGAAGAUGGUCAUCAGUGAGGAAAAGGCUCCUUCUCGGGACGGAGACUCCCGCAUGUCCUGGACCAAUGACAAAGACACCACGGAUGGAGGAGCAGGGAGCAGGAGGUCCAGUAAGACCGACCACGAACGUUCUCCAGGAUCUAUCUCCAGCCCUGGGCUUAACUCUACCCUGGACACAAAGCAUGGAUUUACAAACAGCAUCAGCAACGCAGGUAGCAACAGUGUCACUAACUUCCUGAGUGACAAUGAUGAUGAGAAUGACCCCUGGAGGCGAGCAUCACCCCCACCAUCACCCAGGAGGCGAUUUGGGGAACUGCAACGCUCCAAGUCAGAACUGCGUCUGCGCUGCUCAGUGGCGCUGUCCGAGCAGGAGCAUUUCUUUGACUAUUGCGGGUUGGACAUGGAUAUGAUUGAACGGCUGGGCCGUGAGAAUUUCCUGGGUGGGGCCAGUUCCAUUGACACACUUUCACUGGCACUUCGCAGUGUUGGCGGGGGAGGUGGCGGUGGCUCAGAGCCCAGCGAGUUCUCCCGCCACUCGGGCGAGGGGCUGUUCCAGGAGGAGCUGACAGAACAGCUUCCAUCCGGCGUGUCGAUCAUUGAGAGAAAUGCCCGCGUCAUUAAGUGGCUUUACGGCUGUAAGAACGCUGCCCGCGAGGGGCCCAAAGAGUCCACGGUUUAGUCCCCUGAAUAAGACUGAGACUGCAUUUUUUACUGAAGCCUUACAUUUCCUGCCAGAAUUCUAUGUUAUAUUUAUUAGGAAUGUCCCAAUCAAGCGUUUUUUUGUCCUGAUUUGAUUUCAGUCAUUCAAUAUUGAGUUUCUGCUGACUUUACUCCAUAACACAACUGCACAAUGCACACUCCAAAUACAUUAAAGUCAGUAAAACCAAGCCAUUUUGAACAAACCUUGCUUGACAAUGUUUGUGCAUUAAGAAAAAAUAGCCUGGAUCACAACUUUAAUGGUUUCCAUUCAUUUAUUCUUUUUAACGAAAUAAUCAAAUUAUAAUCAUAUCGGGGGCGUCCAGGUGGCGUAGCGGUCUAUUCCGUUGCCUACCAACACGGGGAUCUUCGGUUCGAAUCCCCGUGUUACCUCCAGCUUGGUCGGACGUCCCUACAGUCACAAUUGGCCGUGUCUGCGGGUGGGAAGCCGGAUGUGGGUAUAUGUCCUGGUCGCUGCACUAGCGCCUCCUCUGGUCGGUCGGGGCGCCUGUUCAGGGGGGAGGGGGAACUGGGGGGAAUAGCAUGAUCCUCCCAUGCGCUACGUCCCCCUGGUGAAACUCCUCACUGUCAGGUGAAAAGAAGCGGCUGGUGACUCCACAUGUAUGGGAGGAAGCAUGUGGUAGUCUGCAGCCCUCCCCGGAUCGGCAGAGGGGGUGGGGCAGAGACCGGGACGGCUUGGAAGAGUGGGGUAAUUGACUAGAUACAAUUCGGGAGAAAAAGGGGGAAAAUCCAAAAAAAAAGAAGGAAAAAGCAUUCCUUGAUUGGUAUGUGAUGUGAGCAUCCCCAAUAUGUAUUUAGUCAGACUCCGUGGAAAUACUGUGUCGGUACGGCACCAUCUCACCGCCAAGCGGAGUCACCUGCCCCCAUAAAACAACACAGUGAAGUCGAAAUGUGCACCCCUUCCCAUGUGUGGCCCUUAUUUAGACCCCGGCAUCGACAGAACUGGAUUCUGAACUGGACUAAAAUCAACCCCUAUAUGACCUAUCCUGUUCCCACAAGGCACAUAAAUAUCUUUGUGUAUAUUUGUUGUGGCGCAGUGGACGCCGUGCUCGCGCUCUUGACACCAAACACACCCGACACGCUCCCCAGAUAAAUCAUUUAAGAUGGAAAACCACUAAGCUUUUUUUUUUUUUCUAAACUGGGAAAGUGUUGUAUGUGAAGUGAACCGUGAGUACCUCAUUCUGAACUGUCCCAGUUUAGGUUGUCUGUUGCCCCCCCCCCUUAACGCAGGCGUUGGAACAAACACGAGAGGCGCCCCUGUGGGGUUGUUAAUGCACUGAACUGGACAGAAAGAGAGCAAAAAGUGAACGGGAUAAAAAUAAGGCUUGUACUCAUCUCGUCUAAAUAAGUAAAGAAGAAAUAAAACACUGAGGAGUACUCUCACGAGUACUUGGAUGCUGAAGUUUUGAGGAGGUGACCACGACCCUCUCGUGGCGGUUUCGUAUCACUGACCGCUAACCAGCUGGCAUCGGUGACACGUUGAUAUUGACUUUCAGAGCCCAUUCUGAUCAACACUGAAGCGUCUGUGCAGAGACCACGGCGGUCUAAGCUGUGGUGUCAGCAGGGACCCACCUGGGCCACUGCUGGUACACCCCUUAGCAGCACAGCUGCAAACCGGACUCUCCAAAACACAAGCCAAGGCCAUUAAAGUGGAGAUUUACGUCACAUGGAAUUGGGUCAGGCGGCACGGUGGUUAGCACGGUCGCCUCACAGCAAGAAGGUUCUGGGUUCGAGCCCCGGGGUAGUCCAACCUUGAGGGGUCGUCCCGGGUCGUCCUCUGUGUGGAGUUUGCGUGUUCUCCCCGUGUCUGUGUGGGUUUCCUCCCACAGUCCAAAGACAUGUAGGUCAGGUGACUCGGCCGUACUAAACUGUGUGUGUGUGUGUGGGCCCUGAGUGAUGGCCUGGCGGCCUGUCCAGGGUGUCUCCCCACUGCCGUCCCAUGACUGCUGGGAUAGGCUCCAGCGACCCUGAGAGCAGGCUCAGCGGUUGGGAUAAUGGGUGGAUGAUGGGUGGAGGUGGGUUGUGAGCGAAGCUGUGCGGUGAUACCGCGGCUUGACUGACAUCUGCAGCCACAUGCUGACCUUUGUAAAAUCUCAAAUAUUCACCUCUGUUCACAGGACCACAGCACUCAGAGCACAUCAGCCUAGUAGUUUAUAGAGCUCCAUCCCCCCAUGGACUUCGGCUCCCACACACACACACACACCCCCAAGGGCGUAGGACAGAGUUUUAUAUUGGGGGGGACAAAACCCAUUAGGGGGGUACGGGGGCUUUUUUUAUUUUAAAACAGUUUUAAACUGCCAUUUUACAACAGUUUUCAGCAAAGAAAAACACGUUUCAUGGCCAUAUGAUAAGGAAGAUUAUUAUUAUUAUUUUAAUUUCAGCAGCUAAAUUAACCAUUUUUAAGCUAUUUGAGACAAAAACGUAAAGGCUAGACAUGUGUACAUCACUGACUAUUCCAUAUUGUGGGAUGGGAAUGACAUGAGUGCUGGCACACACAGGCAGUACAUGUCCAACAUUAUAGAUAUUUAUAAACAUAUCUGGUAGUGGACGUUCUUGUUUAUUGGGGGAAACUCCCCCCCCCCCACAUUGAGGGGGACUUGUCCUCCCCCCCCCGGUUCCUACGCCCUUGCACACACACACUGUGGCUGGUGAUCAUCUGGGUUUUUUGUGUGUGUGGGGGGGGGGCAGGGGGGGCCUAUUUCACUCUGAUAACCACAAAUCCUACCUCACUUCAUCAACCCUUGAGUGAUUCCUCCUCUAUCUCAGUGAAAGGUCAUUUCCAUCGCUCGGCUCAGAGGAUGCCACUGAAACGUGACCUGGGGGGGGUUGUGGUAUGUGGAGGUGAGCCUCCCCCAGUGACCCCGGCUGAGGGGCAUCUCUGGCUGAGUCGUACUGGACCUGAUGGCAUAUGAUUUUCAUACGUGACAUUCAUCUGACACAAUGUUUUGCAGUCUUGGUAUACUGUUGUUAUUAUUAUUAAUAUUAUUAUCCUCCCUGUGUGUAGCACAAGAUCCCUCUUCAAACCUCUUUAAAGCAUCUACUGCAUGUUUACAAAGUGGCUCUGUAAAUUAUCACUCUGUUAUAUUUUCCACAUAUGAGAGGUUUAGUUUUUACUCCAGAGAGCUUUGUGUAUGACCUGCACAGCAAAUAAAAGAAAAACUAUUUGUG